UCAGGGUUGCACGCGGGGUUCGGUUGCCGCCUUGACUUCGAGCAUUCCGGGCAUUCGUUGGAGAGGCUUCCCGGCCGCGGAGGUUCAGCGGCCGCUACAAGGCUCGUUGGGGUCCAGCCGGAGCGCCUCGGCAGCGUCUCUCCUGGGUGGGGAAAGCCUGCAGCUCUCAGUUGUUUUCGGGACAUUCCAAGACCUGCUUCCCACCAUCUGCUCUUCACCAAAGUGCUGUGGAACCAAGUUAUGUCCACUGCUGCUCUAGCAAGUCUGGUCAGAAACGGAGGGCACCAAGCGAGGAGAGUGCUGCUGACGUCCCGCCUCUUGCAAGACGACAGCCGAUGGAUGGUUGUGUGCCAGAGUUCCACUACUGACCGCAGAGCGUCCCGCUUUGACCUGGAUGGGAGUGGCCGACCUGCCACCUGGGACUCGUUCGGCAUUUGGGAUAACCGCAUUGACGAGCCCAUCCUCCUCCCGCCAAGCAUCAAGUACGGGAAGCCGAUCCCCAAGAUCAGCUUAUCGAAAGUGGGCUGUGCCAGCCACAUUGGGAAGCGGAAAGAAAACGAAGACCGCUUUGAUUAUGCCCAGCUGACCGAUGAUGUCCUGUAUUUUGCUGUUUAUGACGGGCACGGAGGGGUGGCGGUAGCGGACUUCUGCAAUAAGUAUAUGCAAAAGUAUAUCAAAGAAUUCCUUGCUGAGGAGCGGAACAUGGAAAUAGCAUUGUUCAGAGCCUUUGUAGAAAUAGAGAAAGCGUAUGAACGGCAUGCUCACUUAUCUGCUGAUGCGACCUUGCUGACCGCUGGGAGCACAGCAACCGUGGCCCUGCUGAGGGAUGGGAUAGAGCUGGUCGUGGCCAGUGUCGGCGACAGCCGUGCCCUUCUGUGUCGCAAGGGGAAAGCCCUGAAGCUGACCAUCGAUCACACUCCUGAGAGGAAGGAUGAGAAACAAAGAAUCAAGAAAGCCGGCGGCUUUGUCGCCUGGAACAGCUUAGGACAGCCUCAUGUGAAUGGCAGACUGGCAAUGACCCGAAGCAUUGGUGACUUGGAUCUUAAGAAACAUGGUGUGAUAGCAGAACCAGAAACUAAAAGGAUUCAGCUCCAACAUGCGAAGGACAGCUUCUUGGUCCUCACCACCGAUGGCAUCAACUUCAUGGUGAACAGCCAAGAGAUCUGCGACUUUGUCAACCAGUGUCAUGACCCCGCUGAAGCAGCUCAUGUUGUUACUGAUCAGGCCGUGCAAUAUGGGACGGAGGAUAACAGCACUGCCAUUGUCGUGCCCUUUGGAGCCUGGGGCAAGUACAAAAACUCGGAGAUCAGUUUCUCAUUCAGCCGGAGCUUCGCCUCGAGUGGGAGAUGGGCGUGAGGGUCUCCUGCAGCCAUGUGUUGAACGAGCUGUGAUGUGGGAGGCAUGCAAGAAGAGAGCUGACCUGUAGAUAGGUCAACACAACUGUCUCGUCCAUCUUUCUUCCCAGCCUAGCGCUUUCUGUAGCAGAUCGUUGUCAUGGGUGUUGCCUUUUUAAUCCACAGGCCGUUAACUGCUUAUUUUAGUCCAACGACUUUCCUUUCCUCUGUCAUCAAGGGGUAGAGAAAGAUCCUGGUUCUGUGCUUGGCAUCUUGUCUAUGGAUUUUGUACCAGGUGCUGUAUUUAAUAUGCCCAGUACAUUUAGAGGCUGAGAGGCUAUCGUGACCAAGCUCUGUUGAUUUGCACCAUGUGUCAAGAAGCUGUGUAAAGAUGGCACUUGUCUUCCUCCGCUAUCACAGGAUCGGGCUGCUUAAAGAGAUCUUGCAAAGCCAGCCGGGGGGAGACCCAAGACGUUGCACUAGGUGGCUUCCUGUUGGUUUGUGUGGCCAAAACCAGUUUUAAUUUCAGAUCUGAAGCUAGUCUGACUGUCCAGAAGUUCCCCCAUGACUCUGGGCCCGACCGGUGCCAUGCUGUGCGAAUCGAGUGGCAGUAAUUCAGCAGUGUGGCUGCUAUUCUUGGGUCCCUUUCUUCCAAAAUGGG